AUGUCUGAAACUCCAGUCGCGUCCCAGAAGGUUGCUGAGGCGCCUGAGACCGUCGUGACGGCUCCUUCCGCUGCUCCCGUUCCCGAGGCUUCUGUGGAGACUGCUCCUGCCGCCGCCACCGAGACCAAGACAGCUGAGAUAGGCCCUGUCACCGAGACUGGUCCCGAAAAGGCCGAGAAGAUUGAGAAGACAGCCUCCACUGACGCUACUGCUGCCGCCGCUUCUCCCGCUGCCGAAACGGCUACUCUGACUCCGCUCCAGGAGCUCUGGUCCAUCGCCAAGGCCAAUGGUCAUCCCGAGAUCUGGGGCGUCACUCUAGCCGACCCCGACUCUGACAUUCCCAGCCAGAUCGUCUUCCAGAAGUACCUCAACGCCAACGAUGGAGAGAUCACCAAGGCCAAGGACCAGCUCGUCAAGACUCUGGAGUGGCGCGCCAAGGUGAAGCCUCUGGAGUUGCUCACCAAGACGUUCUCCAAGGCCAAGUUUGAGGGUCUGGGCUACGUCAAUUCGUACACCAAUAAGAGCGUUGAGGGCCCCGAGGACAAGGAGGUCUUCACUUUCAAUGUCUAUGGCAUCGUGAAGUCGAUGGAUGCCACCUUUGGCGAUGUCGAGGAAUUCAUGACCUGGCGCGCCGCUUUGAUGGAACUGGCUCUUCAGGAGCUCUCGCUCGCCAAUGCCACGACGCCUAUCACCGCCACGUACGACCCGUACAAGAUCUUCCAGGUUCACGACUAUAAGUCCCUCUCGUUCUUCCGCCAGAACCCGAAGGUCAAGACGGCUUCCACCGAAGUCAUCAAGGUCUUUGCCCAGGUCUACCCAGAGCUACUGAAGGAGAAGUUCUUCGUCAAUGUGCCUGCCAUCAUGGGCUUUAUGUAUGGCAUCAUGAAGAUCUUCGUCGCCGCUAAGACGAUCAAGAAGUUCCAUCCCAUGAGCAACGGUGGCGCCCUCGCCAACGAAUUCACCAGCGCCAAGACCAAGGUCGAGCGACUUGGUGCGAAGCUUCCCAAGGAGUAUGGUGGUCAGGGAGAGGAUCUCCAGGUUCAAGGCAAGGCAAUUGCAUUAGAGUGA